GCUCGCUCUCUCGAUAUUCAGCAUACAGAUCGUCACCAUGGGCAAGAUAUUCAAGAGAAACGUGCUGAAGCACAGCGACAAACAGCGGACGCGGGCUGCCGAAUUGACGCUGCGCGAAUCCAUCUAUCCGUUGUGUCUUGUCACCAUUCUCUUCUUUCUGUGGGGAUUUUCCUAUGGCCUGCUUGACACUCUCAACAAGCAUUUCCAGGUCACGCUAAACAUCACGAGAACUCGUUCUUCGGGUCUCCAAGCUGCGUAUUUCGGGGCAUACCCGCUCGCCUCGCUUGGUCACGCCAAUUGGCUACUUCGUCACUACGGCUACAAGAUCGUCUUCAUUUGGGGACUGUUCCUAUAUGGCGUGGGAUCACUCAUUGCGUGGCCAUGCAUCUUGUACCGAUCUUUCGGAGGGUUUUGCGCGGCCAUUUUUAUCAUCGGUAAUGGUCUGGGUUCUCUUGAGACGGCCGCCAAUCCCUAUCUCACCGUCUGCGGCCCUCCCAAGUAUGCUGAGAUCCGUAUCAACCUUGCGCAGGCCUUUAACGGCAUAGGCACGGUGGUCGCACCUGUCCUUGGCUCAUACGUGUUCUUCAAGGAUACCGCAGACAAUGUUGAGUCGCUCAAGAACGUCCAAUGGGUGUACCUUGCCAUUGCAUGUUUCGUAUUCCUUCUGGCUGUAGUCUUCUACUUCUCACCGAUCCCAGAAGUCACAGAUGCCGACAUGGCGUUCCAAGCACAGGAAACCAGUGCUGGAACCGACCACAAACCAUUCAUCAAACAGUGGCGCCUGUUCCAUGCCACAUUCGCGCAGUUCUGCUAUACUGGUGCGCAGGUCGCGAUCGCCGGUGCAUUCAUCAACUAUGCCACCGAAACACGGCCGGGCACUGAUAACGCAACGGGUGCACAACUCCUCGCUGGCGCUCAAGGCUGCUUUGCAUUCGGCCGAUUUGUCGGUGCUGCGCUGAUGAAAUUUGUCAAGCCUCGCUACAUCUUCCUCGUCUACAUGACCAUGUGCAUUGUGUUCAUCGCACCAAGCAUCACCCAACGAGGCAACGCAGGAAUCUCCAUGCUCUUCGUCACUCUCUUCUUCGAAUCGAUCAUCUUCCCUACUAUUGUCGCUCUCGGCAUGCGAGGCCUCGGCAAAUACUCAAAGCGCGGCUCAGGAUUCAUCGUAGCCGGUGUCUCAGGCGGCGCCGUUGUCCCUCCGAUCCUGUUCGCCGCAGCGGACUCGCAAGACGGAAAGUCAGAUGCUCCGACGGCUGUCGCAAUGAGCGUCCCAUUGGCUUUCUUCAUUGCCGCGUGGAGUUACACCCUCUGCGUGAACUUCGUGCCUGCGUACACAAAGGUCGUGGACAGUUUCAGCACGACCAAGAUCGGCGUCGAGAACGCGCAUGCCCAUGAUCCAGAGGCGCAGACUGGUGGUGGUGUUCUCGCUGAUGAAAAGAUUGGUGGAGGCGCUACGCAAAACGAGACAGUCGAUACUGAGAGGAAGGUCUAACAUGACAUUGUUGUUAGAUAACCAGAAAUCGAAUCGCGGUUUGUAGUCAAUUGAAGAGUACUGUACUCGUUUCGUAUUGUGCAAUUAAGCUUCGACGCU